GGGCGCGGCGGAGCGCGAGGCUGGCGUCGGGCCGCCGGCGGCCGGGCAGGAUUAAGUUUCUCGGUCGAGCAGGAGCGUCAGUGCGCGUUCCUCCCGAAGCUCCUCGCCGGGACGUUACUUCAGGACAGAAGAGAGCGAGCGUGGGCGAGGAGGGGCGAGGCGAGGCUCCCAGUGUCCCCGGCGACCCCAGCUCCCCAGCCCUCCUUUCCUUUCGCGUUCCCGCCGGCGGCGGCCGCCGCGAGCAGGAGUUCCUUGUAGUUGCUGUUUAUAAUCAUUGGAGAGAAAGACACUGAACUUGGGAAAAAUGUUAGAAACUAUAGACAAAAAUCGGGCCCUGCAGGCAGCAGAGCGCUUGCAGGCCAAGCUGCGGGAGCGCGGGGAUGUAGCAAAUGAAGACAAACUGAACCUUCUCAAGUCAGUGUUGCAGAGCCCACUCUUCAGCCAGAUUCUGAACCUGCAGACUUCUGUACAGCAGCUGAAAGACCAGGUAAACAUUGCAACUCCCACAAUUUCAAAUGUUGAAUGUGCCCACAUUCCACAUCUCAGCCCAGCUGUAAUUCCUACUCUGCAAAACGAAUCAUUUUUAUUAUCCCCAAGUAAUGGGAAUCUGGAAGUUCUUACAGGAUUGGGUACUGCACACAUCAAUGGGAAACCUGCUUGUGAUGAAUUUGAUCAACUGAUCAAAAAUAUGGCCCAGGGUCGCCAAAUAGAAGUUUUUGAGCUCCUCAAACCUCCAUGUGGAGGCCUUGGGUUCAGUGUUGUGGGACUGAGGAGUGAAAACCGGGGAGAACUGGGGAUAUUUGUGCAGGAGCUCCAGGAGGGCAGUGUGGCCCACAGAGAUGGAAGAUUGAAGGAAACUGAUCAGAUCCUUGCUAUUAACGGACAGGCACUUGAUCAGACAAUUACACAUCAGCAGGCCAUCAGCAUCCUGCAGAAAGCCAAAGAUACUGUCAAGCUGGUUAUUGCCAGAGGCUCAUUGCCUCAGCUUAUCAGCCCCAUAGUUUCCCGUUCUCCUUCUGCGGCCAGCACAAUUUCAGCUCACUCUAAUCCGGUUCACUGGCAGCACGUGGAGACUAUUGAAUUGGUAAAUGAUGGCUCUGGUCUGGGAUUUGGCAUUGUAGGAGGAAAAGCAACUGGCGUGAUCGUGAAAACCAUCCUGCCUGGAGGAGUAGCUGAUCAGCAUGGGCGAUUAUGCAGUGGAGACCACAUUCUAAAGAUUGGUGACACAGAUCUAGCAGGAAUGAGCAGUGAGCAAGUAGCCCAGGUCCUCAGACAGUGUGGAAAUAGAGUCAAAUUGAUGAUUGCAAGAGGUGCCAUGGAAGAACCAACGGUGCCCACCUCUUUGGGCAUCACGCUUUCCUCAUCCCCAUCUUCUACGCCAGAGAUGCGGGUUGAUGCUUCUACUCAGAAAAGUGAAGAAAAUGAGACAUUUGAUGUAGAACUCACUAAAAAUGUCCAAGGAUUAGGAAUUACCAUUGCUGGUUACAUUGGAGAUAAAAAAUUAGAACCUUCAGGAAUCUUUGUAAAGAGCAUUACAAAGAGCAGUGCUGUUGAACAUGAUGGAAGAAUCCAAAUUGGAGACCAAAUUAUAGCAGUAGAUGGCACAAACCUUCAGGGUUUUACCAAUCAGCAAGCAGUAGAGGUGUUGCGACACACAGGACAGACCGUUCACCUGACAUUGAUGAGGAGAGGAGCAAAGCAGGACGCUGAGCUCACGUCCCGGGAGGACAUCACAAAAGAGGCAGUGUUGUCUCCUGUUAAUGCACGCGUAAGCACAGAAAAUUAUGAAGAAGAUGAAGAUUCUUUAUCUUUGAGGAGAAACACCAGCAUAUUACCAAUUGAAGAAGAAGGUAAACACCUGGAGCCAGGGUAUCCAUUACUGUCAGCUGAGAGAGAAGAUACAGAAGAUGCUCAACAACAGGAAGCUGCCCUGCUGACCAAGUGGCAAAGGAUUAUGGGCAUUAAUUAUGAAAUAGUGGUGGCCCAUGUGAGCAAGUUCAGUGAGAACAGUGGGUUGGGGAUAAGUCUUGAAGCAACUGUGGGCCAUCAUUUUAUCCGAUCUGUUCUACCGGAAGGUCCUGUUGGACACAGUGGGAAGCUUUUCAGUGGAGAUGAGCUAUUGGAAGUGAACGGCAUAACUCUACUUGGGGAGAAUCACCAGGAUGUGGUGACUAUUUUAAAAGAACUGCCUAUAGAGGUGACAAUGGUGUGCUGUCGUCGAACGGUGCCACCCACCACCCUGUCAGAGUUGGAGAGCCUGGACUUAUGUGACAUUGAACUAACAGAAAAGCCUCAUAUAGAUCUAGGUGAGUUUAUCGGGUCCUCGGAGACAGAGGAUCCUGUGCUGGUGAUGACCGAUGGGGGUCAGAAUGCAGAGGAGGUUCAAGGACCUUUGGCCAUGUGGGAAGCCGACGUUCAGAACAUACAGCUGGAGAAAGGGAGCAGAGGACUUGGCUUUAGCAUUUUAGAUUAUCAGGAUCCAAUUGAUCCAGCAAGCACUGUGAUUGUAAUUCGUUCUCUGGUGCCUGGUGGUGUUGCUGAAAAGGAUGGACGACUUCUCCCUGGAGAUCGACUCAUGUUUGUCAAUGACGUUAACUUGGAAAACAGCAGUCUCGAAGAAGCUGUCCAGGCACUGAAGGGUGCACCGUCAGGAACUGUGAGAAUAGGAGUUGCCAAGCCUUUACCCCUUUCACCAGAAGAGGGUUAUGUUUCUGCUAAGGAGGAUUCUUUUCUCUACCCACCACAUUCCUGCGAGGAGGAAGGGCUGGCUGACAAAGCCCUCUUCAGGGCUGACUUGGCUCUGGUGGACACAAAUGAUGCUGACUUAGCAGAUGAAUCUGCCUUUGAGUCUCAGUACUCUCCUGAUAACGACAGUAUCUACUCCACUCAAGCCUCUCUUUUAUCUCUUCACGGCAGCGCUUGUAGUGAUAAUCUGAAUUUUGGUCCCUCCCUUCCAUCUUCUCCUCCCAAGGAUGUUACUGAAAAUUCCUCAGAUCCAGUACUUGACUUGCAUAUGUCCUUGGAGGAGCUGUAUGCCCAGAAUCUCCUGCAAAGACGGGACGAGAGUCCGCCUUCAGUGGACUUGAGCAUGGGGACUGCUUCUGGCUUUACCAUAAAUGAUUAUACACCUGCCAAUGCUGUUGAACAGCAAUACGGAUGUGACAACACAAGAGUGUGGACUGAACCUCACCGACCAAAUGAAGUUAUAUCAAGUGCAGAACUGAGUUCUCCUGUGCCGACUGAUUCAGGUGGAAAGGGCUCCAAGUUCUUAAUUCAACAGGGAUCCCUGGCUUCUGCUGCUGAGUGUGUCAUGCUCCAAACUAUAUCCAAAGAAUCUUUCGAGAGGACUAUUACGAUAGCAAAAGGCAAUUCUAGCCUGGGAAUGACAGUAAGUGCUAAUAAAGAUGGCUUGGGGAUGAUUGUUCGAAGCAUUAUUCAUGGAGGUGCCAUUAGUCGAGAUGGUCGGAUUGCUGUUGGGGACUGCAUCUUGUCUAUUAAUGAAGAAUCUACUAUCAGUUUAAACAGUACUCAGGCACGAGCCAUGUUGAGAAGACAUUCUCUCAUUGGGCCAGACAUAAAAAUUACUUAUGUGCCUGCAGAACAUUUAGAAGAGUUCAAAAUAAGUUUGGGACAACAAUCUGGAGGAAUAAUGGCACUGGAUAUUUUUUCUUCCUACACUGGCAGAGACAUUCCAGAGCUACCAGAGCGAGAAGAAGGAGAGGGGGAAGAAAGUGAACUUCAAAAUGCAACGUACAGCAGUUGGAAUCAAUCCAGGCGGGUUGAACUUUGGCGAGAACCAAGCAAAUCCCUGGGCAUCAGCAUUGUUGGUGGACGAGGGAUGGGGAGUCGUCUAAGCAACGGUGAAGUGAUGAGGGGCAUUUUCAUCAAACAUGUUCUUGAAGAUAGUCCAGCUGGCAAAAAUGGAACCUUGAAACCUGGAGAUAGGAUAGUAGAGGUGGAUGGCAUGGACCUCAGAGAUGCAAGCCAUGAACAAGCUGUGGAAGCCAUUCGGAAAGCAGGCAACCCUGUAGUCUUUAUGGUACAGAGCAUUAUAAACAGACCAAGGAAAUCCCCUUUGCCUUCCUUGCCGCACAACCUUUACCCUAAGUACAAGUUCAGCAGCACUAACCCAUUUGCUGAUUCUCUACAGUUCAACGCUGACAAGGCUCCCAGUCAGUCAGAAUCUGAGCCAGAAAAGGCUCCACUGUGCAGUGUGCCUCCGCCCCCUCCUCCAGCAUUUGCAGAAAUGAGCGAGGAUCAUGCACAGUCAUCGGCAAGUGAAAUCUCAGCAGAUGUGGACAAAGAGGAUGAGUUUGGUUACAGCUGGAAAAAUAUCAGAGAGCGUUAUGGAACCCUAACAGGCGAGCUACAUAUGAUUGAACUGGAGAAGGGUCGUAGUGGUUUGGGUCUGAGUCUUGCUGGGAACAAAGACCGGUCCAGGAUGAGUGUUUUUAUAGUGGGGAUUGAUCCAAAUGGAGCAGCUGGGAAAGAUGGUCGAUUGCAGAUUGCAGAUGAGCUUCUAGAGAUCAAUGGUCAAAUUUUAUAUGGAAGAAGUCAUCAGAAUGCUUCAUCAAUCAUCAAAUGUGCCCCUUCUAAAGUAAAAAUAAUUUUUAUCAGAAGUAAAGAUGCAGUGAGUCAGAUGGCCGUAUGUCCUGGGCAUACAGUGGAACCUUUGCCUGCUACCUCAGAGAAUCUUCAAAAUAAGGAGGCUGAACCGAUUGUUACUACUUCCGAUGCAGCUGUGGACCUCAGUUCAUUUCCAAACGUGCAACAUCUGGAGCUUCCCAAGGAUCAGGGGGGUUUGGGCAUUGCCAUCAGUGAAGAAGAUACACUCAGCGGGGUCAUCAUAAAGAGUCUAACAGAGCACGGGGCAGCAGCCAGGGAUGGACGGCUCAAAGUUGGAGAUCAGAUCUUGGCUGUAGAUGAUGAAGUUGUUGUUGGCUAUCCUGUUGAAAAGUUUAUUAGCCUUUUGAAGACAGCGAGGACAACAGUGAAACUGACCAUUCGUGCUGAGAAUCCAGAUUCCCAGGCUGUUGCUUCAGCAGCUGGUACAGCCAAUGGAGAAAAAAAGAGCAGCCCCCAGUCUCUGAUGGUCCCACCGUCUGGCUCCCCGGAACCAGAGCCCAUCCGAAGUACAAGCAGGUCAUCAACACCAGCAAUCUUUGCUUCUGAUCCUGCAACCUGCCCCAUCAUCCCAGGCUGUGAAACAACAAUUGAGAUUUCCAAAGGGCGGACAGGGCUGGGCCUGAGCAUCGUUGGGGGGUCUGACACACUGCUGGGUGCCAUUAUUAUCCAUGAAGUUUAUGAAGAAGGAGCAGCAUGUAAAGACGGAAGACUGUGGGCUGGAGAUCAGAUUUUAGAGGUGAAUGGAAUUGACUUGAGAAAGGCCACACAUGAUGAAGCAAUAAAUGUGCUGAGACAAACACCACAAAGGGUGCGCCUGACGCUCUACAGAGAUGAGGCCCCGUACAAAGAGGAGGAUGUGUACGACACCCUCACCAUCGAGCUGCAGAAGAAGCCGGGCAAAGGCUUGGGGUUGAGUAUUGUUGGUAAAAGAAAUGACACUGGAGUAUUUGUGUCUGACAUUGUGAAAGGAGGAAUUGCAGAUGCUGACGGAAGACUGAUGCAGGGAGACCAGAUACUAAUGGUGAAUGGAGAAGACGUCCGUCACGCCACCCAGGAAGCCGUCGCAGCUCUGCUGAAGUGUUCCCUAGGCACAGUAACCUUGGAAGUCGGAAGAGUCAAAGCUGGCCCAUUCCAUUCGGAGAGGAGACCUUCUCAAAGCAGCCAGAUGAGUGAAGGGAGCCUGUCAUCAUUUACUUUUCCACUUUCGGGAUCCAGUACAUCUGAGUCACUGGAAAGCAGCACAAAGAAGAAUGCAUUGGCAUCUGAAAUACAGGGAUUAAGAGCAGUUGAAAUUAAAAAGGGACCCACUGACUCAUUGGGGAUCAGCAUUGCUGGAGGAGUGGGCAGCCCGCUUGGUGAUGUUCCUAUAUUUAUUGCAAUGAUGCACCCGAAUGGAGUUGCAGCUCAGACCCAGAAACUCAGAGUUGGGGAUAGGAUCGUCACUAUCUGUGGCACAUCCACUGAGGGGAUGACUCACACCCAGGCAGUUAACUUUCUGAAAAAUACCUCUGGCUCCAUUGAAAUGCAGGUGGUUGCUGGAGGAGAUGUGAGUGUGGUCACAGGUCAUCAGCAGGAGCCUGCCAGUUCUAGUCUUUCUUUCACUGGGCUGACGUCAAGCAGUAUAUUUCACGAUGAUUUAGGACCUCCUCAGUGUAAGUCUAUUACACUAGACCGAGGACCAGAUGGCUUGGGCUUCAGUAUAGUAGGAGGAUAUGGCAGCCCUCACGGAGAUUUACCCAUUUAUGUUAAAACAGUGUUUGCGAAGGGAGCAGCCUCUGAAGAUGGGCGUCUAAAGAGGGGUGAUCAGAUCAUUGCUGUCAACGGGCAGAGUCUAGAAGGGGUAACACAUGAAGAAGCCGUUGCCAUCCUUAAGCGGACAAAAGGCACCGUCACUUUGAUGGUUCUCUCCUGAAUUAGCUGCCAGAAUUGAGCCGACUCAACUUCUCACUUACAUCCCAUGCUACAAAGAGAGUGGAACUGGUCCUGUGGACUCCUCCUGGGCUGUGUUCAUCCGGCUCUUCAAAACUGUAGGAAAAAAUCGCAUGUAAAUUUGUUUUUCUCAUAUAGAAAUGAUUUUCUUACAACCUAGCAUCACUUUCCCUUUCUCUUUGCAUUUUGUGAUGGAAACUCAAAGAGAAGAGCUCUUUGCAUAGAUAAAUCCAGUCUUUCUUCCUAAAGGUAUCUGACAUUUUUAUAAUCAUGUGGGCAGAAAUUAAUAUGGGCUCAACUGGUUAGUAGAGAAAGGGAAAAAAAAUCAUUCGAAAGCUAACCAAGGGGAAAUGGUCUCAUGAAAUUAAGGUGAAAAUUGAAAAUAUAAAAUAAAGAAGAAAAUCUCAAGUUUUAUAAAAAUGCAUUCUGUUAAUCCACCUUCUCUCCCCACUUCUAACUAAAAAAGAAAAGAAAAAUGUUGUACUGAAAAUGUUUAAAAAUACUUUCAGUAUUUAAAAAUGUUGACUGUUAUUAAAACAUUGCAACUCCCAGCUCUAAUACACACAUAUAUAGUUUUCUCCUAAAAUGGGCUUCAAGAUUGGGUAAAUAACAACAGGAAGCAAUGUUCCUGAGUUUGUAAAGAAACCACUUAUUGCACAUCUUGAUGUUCAUUUUCAUUUUUGACCUAUUAUACAAUAUUUUCACAUUUCUAUAAGUAAAAUGAUGACGCUGCCCUGUAUUGACUGCGGUUUCUCUAGAAAGCAGCCUUGCUAACCACGCAGGAGCAUAGGAGGCUCUCCAAAUGGUUAGUGCUGGUUUUAAGGGAUGCAACACUGAAACUGUGUCAGUGUGCUGUGCAGUUGGUUUUCAAUUAGUAUUAAUCUUAAUGACAGAGAAAAAGCAAUGUGUUAGUAAUUAUUUUGGUUGUAUGCCAUUAGUAAAUUGAUAGAAAAAUUAAGGGGAUUAACAUAAGUUCAUUUCAUUGCCUUAUAUUAACAUCUUAUAAUACAAUAGUUUAAGGGAAACAGAUGGAGCUGUUUAUUGAGACAACUGGUGAGGAAUUAUCAUGUGUUCAUUCCCAUUUUAGAGAGUGAAACUCCUACAUUAGAAUAUAUAAAGUCACUUUAAAUAUUAUCUAUAUUUGUAACAAAAGUAGUGUACAGAUAUUUUAUUACAGCGCUUUUGUGUAAAUGCGGAAUUGAAGUGAAUAAAUAAGAAGUUUCAUGGUGCACAAAAAAAAGCAGGCAGUUUUAUUUUGUUCUUUUUACUGCGGAAAAGCUUUAUUAUACUGUUCAAGAUUUACAAUUUAAAAUUGGCUUUUAUCAUGUCUAACUGAACAUAUGGUGUCCAUAGUUUUACAGUUAGAGAAACUCUGGACAACAACAUUAUGAAAAGCUAAAUGCUUUUUAUGCCCAGAAUUUUUACUAAUGCUAAAAAUGCAUAGACUCCUCAUGGAGCAGAGGAAGAUAAACAGCAUUAAAAAAAGAGAGGUGUUGUGCCUGUAUGUGCUUUCCUGAAAUGCUACGAGUGAUGCAGUAUUAUAAGUUGUUCUUUAGAGUAGUCAAGAGUUAAAGCAUGUUCGGAUAGAAAAAGUCAUAAUGAAAAUUAUUUGUAAUAAUGAACAUGAAAAAUCUGAUUUGAACACUGAGCAAGGAAUUGAGGAACCUUUGUUCUGCCAGUUCUUCCCCUAAUUAGCUAAUGAACAUAUGCAUUCCCUCUGAUUUAUCUCAUAUGUAAAAUGAUAGGUGAUUUUAUCUCAAAGCUUAUAUCAAGUUCUAAACUGUAAAAUUUCUGUGAUUCUUAGAUAUACGAAACGAAUGACACAACUACACGUUGCAUCAAUUCGGAAGCUAUUCUCCCCAACCAGCUAUUGUAAACUGAGGUACUUGAUGUAACAAAACUCAUUUUACUAUCCCAGUGACACAUCUAACCUCUUAGUCACCAAUUAAUGGCCCUCUGUAAUGAAGGCAUGUCAAGAUCCUCUCAUGGUUGGCUGCUGGAAGCUGAGCCACCCACUUUUAUGUUUUAACCAGCAAAGAUUUUAUGGAGGCCACUCUGUGGCGCACCCUAGGAAAGCCAGUUAACCAGCCAUAUUGAAGUUUGAGUAAAUGUGUGAAGGCACUCCAGUGAGAGCACCCAGCUGGGUAUCUGUACUAGCCUGUAGAGCAUUGCCCCCAAGUUCAUGUCUACUAAGAACCUCAGAAUGUGACCUUAUUUGGAAAUAGGGUCUUUGUGGAUGUAAUCAGUUCAGUUAAAAAGAGGUCAUGCUGGAUUACAGUGGACCCUAAAUCCUUAAGAGAAGGCUAUGUAGAGACACAGAGACAGAAGAAGAAGGCGGUGUAAAGAUGGGGACCAAACAAACAAAAAACAAAACAGAGUACCUGGAACCACCAGAAGCUGAAGAGAUGAGGAAGGUUUUUUCUCUGGAGUCUUCAGAGAUAACUUGUCCCUCUUGACCCCUUGAUUUCAGAUAUCUGGCCUCCAAGACUGUGAGAACAAAUUUCUGUUGUUGUAAACCACCUUGUUUGUGGAACUUUGCUACGGAAGCCCUAGGACACACCAGUAUAGUAUCUUGGAUGUUUUUAUAUCCUUAGCUACUAUCACUGUGCCUGGCAAAUAGGAGAGGCUCUAUACAUUUUUGUUCAGCAUGUAAAUGAUUGAAUUAUAGGUCAUGAUUAAUUUCAUGGUCUUACCUUGUUUUAGUUAAGCUAGCUGCAGCCUUCAUACUGAAUGCAAAACAGGAAGCCGUGGGAAUGCCACUUAAGGAUGUAAAACACUGGGGAUAAGCUCCCCUCCUGAACUGCUACUAAUUAACAAAGUCAGAGCAUGUAGAGGUGAAGAAAGGGAGGGAAGGAAUGAAGGAAGGAAGGAAAAGAAGAUUGAGAGGGAAAGAAUAUCGAUGCAUCAACAUUAGAGAGAGUGACAAGGGCUUAUGCUUCCUAUAUUAUUCUUUCUUGGAAAUGUAAGAUUUCUCCCUGGAGAAGGAAGAAAGUGAGCAAAGAGUUUGAAGACUUGAACAUUAUAGUGUUAAUUCCAUGUGCAACUCAAGACCAUGUACAACUCAAGAUUGUGGCUUGCCCAUAAUAGGUUCAGAAUAUUUGUUUUUGUGAUUAAAAUACAUUGGCGAAUAUUGCACAUUUCUGGUGUUCUUUGUGACCCCUCCAAAAUGAUGAUGAUGGUGAUGAUGAUGAUGUAUUUGAUUUCAACACCUACUGAUUUAUAGCAGCAGAUGUAGCAAUGCAGUGUGGCAAGUCAGUAGAGCCCGUACGUCAGAACGGUGAUGGAACUGAAAGCAUAAAAGAUUAAAAUUCAUGAAAGACAAGAAAAAGGAGCUUUUUUUUCCAUUUUAAGAAUCUUGAUAAAGCUGAUUUUGAUAGAUUCGAAGAAGCAAAGUAAGCUCUUCCCUGCUCUGAGGUAUAUAUACCAUGCCAAGCUGUCUUAGACCUGGUCAUCUAGCUUAUUGUCUGAGAAUGCCAGAGAUUUAGUGCCUGUCUUCAGAUCUCCAUCACAGUGAGUGGAGAAGUUGAAAAGAUGCCUGCAGGGAGACAAGAAUCAGUAUGCUUUCUUGGGUCUAGGUGUGGGAAUGUCGAAACUAUCAUCACCUGCUUUCAGCAGCCCUGGUGUGUUGUUUCAUGUCAGUGGCAAGUAUUCUGGAAUGCAUUUGAUUUGUGCAAAGAUGUUCCUCAACUUUGUCUACGAGGAAUUAAUGUUUAACUUUGACCUUUCCUAAAGGGAGCUGUUUGUAAGGUGGGAUUGGCCUCUGUUACCUCAGGAGGAAAAAAAAAUGUUGGUGACAAGAACAUUUCUAAAUGAAGAGCGUGGAAACUAGGCAAAGCAAAUGUGGUGACUAUGAUUUUUGUAUACUUGACAUUUCAGCUUCUUUUUUCCUUCAAAAUACAGGUACUCCAUUUCAUGUAAAUUAGAAAAAAAUUGUAUAAUUUGUCUAGGAAUUUUAUUUAUCAUCCAAGUACUGAAAGUUCAAUUGUAGGUCCUUCCAAGGAAUUCUGUCAAGACAGAGGCAAAUCUGUGGUAAUGAUCUCAGAAUUCUCUCGCUGAAAAUGCUUCUUGAAGUUUCAAAAAGUACUGCCAUCAACAAACAAACUGCUGGGGCUUCCUUGGUGGCGCAGUGGUUGAGAGUCUGCCUGCCGAUGCAGGGGACACGGGUUCAUGGCCCAGUCCGGGAAGAUCCCACAUGCCGUGGAGCGGCUGGGCCCAUGAGCCAUGGCCGCUGAGCCUGUGCGUCCGGAUCCUGUGCUCCGCAACGGGAGAGGCCACAACAGUGAGAGGCCCGCGUCCCAAAAAAAAAAAAAAAAACCUGCUUUAGGCAGCUUCUAAGAGGGAGCUUUACUUAUUCAUUUAAUACUGGACAUUUUUCAGAAAGUUGUGUCAUUUGCUGAUUCUUUGUGAUCCUUUCUCCCUCCUUCCCCCAUCCUCCUCCUCACAUGUGGAUUUUCAGAAAUAAACA